UCACCAUCAUCAUCAUCAUCACCACCUUCUUCUUCUUCUUCUCCAACCCAACCCCAUUUCUCUGUUUUUAUCUUUACAUCUCUCCUUACACCCUUUUCCUCCUCCUCCAUUUCUCUAACAUUCUCUCCUUAAACACACCAAGCCUCUCUCCCUCUUUUUCUCUAUCUCACAGUUUCACCGAAGGCAGAAACUUUUUCUUGUUAUCAUAUCUCUGCUUUGAUGAAAGGAACUCUGGGUCUUCUGGGUGGUAGUGGUGGUGGUGGUUCUUGUGGAAGCUCUUCGAAUGAGUCAGUAGUGGUAGCUGCUUCCAAAGUGGAAGAAGACUACGUGGGCAUGUCGUCUGAAGCGACGUCGUAUGGUGUUGAGUCCGACCUUGAACUGGGCUUGGGGCUCAGCCUCGGUAGUGGUGGUGGUGGUGGUCGGAAAUCUAAGACGUCCACGUGGGGUGAGUGUGGUCGUAUCUUGAUGGCCAAGGACUUCCCUUCUCGUGGACCGUCUUCGGCACCAAACUCUCGUUUGGCUAAUAUUAAGACUGGUGCUGUUGCUGUCGCCGGGACUAAAAGAACCGCUGCUGACUCUGUUUCUCAAGACGGUGGCUCUUCUCCUCCCAGGGUCAGUCAGGUUGUGGGGUGGCCACCAAUAAGAGCUUCCAGGUUGCAUAAUCAAGCAAAGACUUCAAGGGCUGCUGAAGAUGAGAAGGUGAUGGGAGACAAAGAAAAAUCCAAGGAGGCUUUAAAGAAGAAGACUAAUGAUGUUGGCAAUGGCAAGGCCAAUCUUGCUGUCAAAGAACAAGGGCAUCUUGGUUAUGUCAAAGUCAACAUAGAUGGCAUAGCUAUUGGGAGGAAAGUUGACUUGAGUGCUCACUCUUGUUAUGAAACUUUAUCCCAAACCCUGGUGGACAUGUUUUUCAGACCUAAUUUAACUGUGAACUUAAAUGGAUCAAGUGGAGAGAAGGAGCAAGCAGCAAAAUCCUCCAAGCUUUUGGAUGGGUCCUCUGAGUUUGCUCUGACUUAUGAAGACAAAGAUGGUGAUUGGAUGCUUGUGGGAGAUGUCCCUUGGAGGAUGUUCCUUGGCUCAGUGAAAAGGCUCAGAAUCAUGAGAACCUCGGAAGCUAAUGGACUCGCUCCAAGAUUUCAAGAAAGGAAUGAAAGACAAAGAUGCAAGCCUAUAUAGAAUCAUUCCAUCCCUUUAUAUUUCCUUGUCCUUUUUUUUUAUAAUCUGCUAAGAUGAAGAAAAACAACAACCUACAGUUUUUACAACAGAAGCAAAGUAGAGAAGUUGAUGAGACAGUGUUUUGCUGAGCUUGGUCUUCAACCAGUUUAUGUUUGCUCUCUCUUUUUUCUUUUUUUCUUUUUCCAAAUAUAUUUUUAUUUCAUUUUGGUUUAAAAAACCACUCUCUGGUUCUUGUUGCCUUUUUUUUUUUUGGGAGAUAGGGCUAUGUUAGUUUACUUUUACAACUUCAUAUACAGUGCCAGCAGAAAAACCUGCAUACUUGGUUAACUGCUGGUUUCUCAUACUGUAAAUAUUGGAGUAUCUUUAUAUCUAGAGUGUUCUAGUUUGCUGGAAGAAAAGCUUGUGUUGUUUUGAUUAUUGUUAAAUCUAUUAUUUUUGGUUGUGCU